AUGAUGGAAUUCCCCGAACCGAGAAGACCGCGUAUCCUGAACUGCGAAGCACUAAUUGACCAAACGGAUCUCAUUGGCUACCAGUGCACAGCUACGGACGUUGCCAGUGUCUGGACGAGCAUCCUGGCGUACUGGUUUCCUCCCGACGAAGGCUACCAGCUUCGCUUGAAGGGUCUGCUGAAGGAUCAGAUACGGGAGUAUCUGGAUCAUGUCAAGGCGGAGUUUGGGAGAACCUGGGGGGAGCCGUACAUCCGUUACUUAGACAACGACAUUCAAUCGUACUCUCUCAAGGAUGGCAUGAGUGCGACGGGCGAUAUUUCUAUGGAAAUCGAGACAAACGAUGGCGAUGACUCACUCAGUCACGUCUGUGCUGAGCCCAGGGUCGAGAGUGACGAUACAGGUUCCAUGGAGACCUCCAGCGCGGGGAGUAGCGACCUGGACACUGACAGCGAUAUUAUACGAACUAAUGAGAAUGAACGGCAUGAGUGGAUGAUGAAGCACCAUGAAGGCUCUCAGAACACGACUGCAGAUCCCAACAAUCAAAACCCGAUCGAAAAUGGACAGCUGCCUUACACCAACGGCUUUCGGAUAACGAUUGAGUUCACCACCAACGGGAUGGUCUGA